GCGCGUAUAGCGCGGGUGGAACUGGAAACUAGUUGCGAUAAUUUCGCACAACGAUGGAACCAACACCGUCAGUGAAAUUCUUGAUCGGAAAAACGAUGCCACCGACAUCGACGAAAAAAACUCCGUCGGGGCCGGGGAGCAAGAGAGCACGAGCGGCGGUGGAGAAUUCUGGGGCUAUGGAACCAAAAGUGGAAUUGGGGGAGAUUGAGUUUGCGGAGGAAGGAAAUCCAGCGCUAGUGGUGGAGCACGAGGAGAAGGCCCCUUCUUUGAAGAAGGCCAACACCAAAAUGUCUUCUACUUACCACAACACCCCGGUGAAAUGCAUCAAGUCCGUUGAAUAUGGUACAACCUCUCCACUUAAAACGACAUCACCGGGCAAAUGCAUCAAUUCUGCUGAAGAUGAUGAUACAACUUCUGUACUUAAAAUUCCAUCCCCAGUGAAAUCCAUUCAGAAUGUUGAAGAUGAUAUGACUUCUCUACCCAGAACGCCAUCCCCGGAGAAAUCCAUCAAUUCUGUUGAAGAUGAGAAGAAUUAUAAAACGCCAUCCCCAGAGCCAUGCAUGAAUAUUACACCUUCCUCUCAUCCUGUUCGAAUAAUUCCAAGAAAGCUUGUUUUACUACCGAGCACAAGAAAGCCUCUUCCAGUCAUUGUAAAAGCUAUUGAGAGGCGCAUGAAAAUGAUUGCUGGGCUACCAAAGCUCUUUGACAGGAUUUAUUUCCUCUUCCAAUCAGCUGAACUCCAAGAACUCACAAAAGAGGAGGUCUUGCAGAAAUUAGAUAUUGUUGAUACAAAGGAGGUAGAGGAGGUGGAAGAGCAGCUCAAGUUGCUGGUAGAACUUGCUCCAGAGUGGAUUCACGAGAAGCAUGCGUUGAGUGGGGAGUCACUCUUAUGUGUCAACAAGAUUGAGAGCCCAGAAGCCACACGUAUGAGGCUGUGUGAGGCUAGAUGAAUGAAGCAUGAAACUAUGAGCAUUUCCCCAAUCAAUCCAUAAGUUGGUACUUUGGCUACUAUAGAAAUGCUAGAUUUUACCCAUCUGUAUAGGUCUUUUAUCCUCAGUGCUGCUGUUUUUUACAACUCAGUUCACAUAAACUGCUGACUGUUAUGACUUCUUUGAAUGACUAGAAAGUGGGUUUUAUCCAUUCUUUUCA